GUUCAAUGACGUUGAGUGACUGACGACCAUCCACGGCCUUUUCCCCGCGAUGUUUUCUCCCCCCAAUAAAGAACCAUGUAUAUACCUUGGCUAGGUACUCUUCAGUUGUGUUGUUUACAAUUGACCUCUUGACCAGAGAACGUUUGCGUGCAAGUGAAAUUCGUUGAAAGACUACUUGUCAAUAGGUGCGGAUAUAGCUUGAAACAUGGCAGCACCAAAACAGGUUCGGUGGGGGAUGAUGGCCACGGGCGGUAUCGUACGUACCUUUGCCAAAGAUAUCCUCCUCGACCCAUCGACUCGAAAUGUCGUGGACAUCAAACAUGUCAUCACCGCCGUCGCAUCCUCUUCGUCCCUGUCAUCAGCCCAAAAGUUCAUCUCGGAAGUCGUGGCUCCCGUCCAAUCUACUCCCUCUUGCACACCCUACGGGUCCUACGAGGACCUGGUGAAGGACCCCAACGUCGACAUCAUCUACAUUGGCACGCCGCAUUCUCACCACUUUCAGAACGCCAUGCUUGCACUGCAGCACAAUAAACCCGUGCUUUGCGAAAAGGCCCUGACGGUGAAUGUGGCUCAGGCGAAAAAGUUAUACCAGACCGCGAAAGAGAAGGGUCUGUUUUUCAUGGAGGCCGUGUGGACGCGGUACUUUCCCAUCAGCAAGACCAUCAGGAAACACAUCAUGGACAACGACAUUGGCGAGGUCGUCAGGGUGAGCUCGGACAUGAGUAUAGGUGCCGUCCCGGAGGACUCGUUCGCCGUGGACCACCGCAUGGUCAACCUCGAUCUGGCCGGAGGUUGUUUGCUGGACCUGGGUGUGUACUCCCUCACGUGGGCGUUUCAGACGUUGUACCAUACAUUGUCACCGUCGUUGCGGGAACAAGACCGGCCCAAGGUCGUGGGCGCGACCAUGACGUUCGAACCACGCACGCACGCCGACGAGUCGACCAUCAUCCUGCUCGAGUUCCCCAAGUCGACACCCAGCGGCAAGACAAAGGCUCACGCGGUUGCGACGACGGCCAUGCGCGUGAGUGACGACCCAGCAAGAGGGAGAGGUCCCGAAGUCGAGGUGCCCACGGUCCGCGUUCAGGGCGAAAAGGGGGAGAUUCAGGUUUGGGGUCCCAUAUACAGACCGACGAGGUACAGGCUCGUGCCCAAGGAUAAGGGGCAAGAGGUCAUUGAUAAGACGUUUACUUUUGAGGCUGGAGCACACGGAAUGAUGUACGAGGCUGACGCGGCCGCCAAAGCCUGGCUGGAAGGAAAACUCGAAUCCGAGUCGAUGACGUGGCAAGAGAGUAUCCUGAUCAUGGAGGUAAUGGACGAAGUCAGAAGAAAGGCUGGGCUCAAGUAUCCCGAUGACAUUGAGACGACCGAAUACCCUGUCAAAUUGAAGGGUAGAUAAGGUAAGAUUCUGUUAGGAAUUGGGGAUUCCAAAGUAGGUACUCAGGUAGUGAAAGAAUCUCAACCAAGAUACUCUUGGACACUGUGCCUGACUUCUUGAGAAUUUGAAUUGGGGGAUUUCUGUUCCUUUAGAUUUUCUCUUAGGAAUGUUUCAUAUUUUGGCCAGCGC